CGAUUGACGUUCGAGCACCCAGCCGGGUCAACCAUGCCCAUGAUUGUAAUGACCUUAGACCUCUACUACUGUAUGCAAGCAUGUUUGUGCUGCGAACCACAGUACAGCGGUUUGAUUGCUUUUCGUCCUUCACUGCUGCAGUCCUUCACGCGUUCAGCCUCAAAGACAAGGUCAUUUAUUUUUUUAGCGCUAGUGCUCAGCGCCAAUUCUUCUAACUCUGUCACCAGGUGUCUGUACUGUAGUGCUGUACCUCUACGGCUCUAGGUUUCGUGCGUGCCCGUGGCGUGGGCCGUGGAGACAGAAACACCGCGGAGAGAGUCGGCGUGUGCGCGUCGGUAGAUCUCCCGCGCAGCUGAUACCUUUGCCGGCACCUCCUCACAUCUAGUCGGUCACUUCUGCCAAACUGUGGAUAUUAUUAGCAGGUUUUUCAGGCAAGAAGUAGCCCACUGGAUCGUCUCCGAUCCUUCUUGAAAGCCGGUGCGCCGGUGUGGCUCGGCUUUCCCUGUCCUCAACAUCCUUGUGAUUGUCUCUGCCCGCUGGUGACUCCAGACUUUGAAGAGCCUGAGGUGCUCGCACUUCUCUUAUUUACGGACCGUCGGUUCUCGGUAGCUAUCGCUGGCGUUGCGACGGACGGGUCGGUGGUGCGCAACCGGCCGUGCGGACAGCAGUCGGACUCGGCCGGUACACCGCGAGUGUUAGCGGAUGCUCUGAUCUCUAAAGAAUCAAGUGAAGCAGACUGGACAGAGGACUGAAGCUGCACCCUGCGACCCCUGUUGCCCUGUUGCCCUAAUCAACAGUAUAUUGCCAUAAUACAUUGGAGCAUGGACAGCGUGUAGGACAUCCUACCAGUGCUGUGCAGAUAGCGAGAUGGAUGGUGACGAAACUUCAGACAUCACACCUGUUCCCACAGACAUGGAUUCGCCGUCAGCACUGGCAGAAGACGAGCAAGUAUCCGCAAGUGUCUCCUCUACAUCAGAAGCAUUACCAGUACCAGCAGAAAGUGUAGGAGAUUUCCCUUUCACACACCCCAGUGCAAACAGUCCAGCAUCACCAAUAACUCGUUUUGUUGAUACGUACGUACAGCAUGCAACACAGCGUAGCCACAGCAGCAGCACCAUCAGUGGUGACAACAGCAACUUCACGUAUCCAGUUCAGGAUGCAGCAGCGUAUGGUCAUCGUCUACAGAAACCAAUCACUGUAUCACGUAUGUUGGAGAGGAUACAACCAACAACAGCAUCAGCUCAGUUUGUUCGUAAUGUUGUCUCAUCCACUGGUGGUCACUGUGACCUGUCUCAACUAUCGUCAGAGCUGGACACUGACUUCAUCUCGUCUGGUCCUGGGCAAGUGGAAAGUGAUAGCUUAUGGCCACAACGAGCACCGGCAUUAUCCGAAGCAAGAACAACUCUAUCAGAGGCUGACAUAGAACCAAAUAGAGCAUGCGCUAGAAUUGCAGAACACGAUGAAGAUCUCUCAUCCUUUCUUCCACCGUCAUGUCCGUCAUCGUCAAGUUUGGAUCCAAUUCGUGAUAAUCUUUACCUUGCAGCAACGAGUGGUAGUUAUACACCGGUACUGCAAGAUACCAUACCACCCUUUUCUUCCAUCACAUCACCUACAAAUUACCAACAUCACAAACACAUACCGCAACAGCAACAGCAGCAGCAGCAGCACUAUCACCGGCUGCAGCAUCAGCAGUGGCACCAUCUGCAGCAACAGCAGCAACACCAGCAGCAACAGCAGCAGCGGCACCAGCAGCACCACCAACAGCAGCAGUACCAGCAGCAGCAGUACCAGCAGCAGCAGUACCAGCAGCAGCAGUACCAGCAGCAGCAGUACCAGCAGUACCAGCAGCAGCAACAGCACAACCGGCAGCAACACGAGCAGCAACAACAGCAGCAGCAGCAGCAGCAGCGGCACCUGCAGUACCACCAACAGCAGCAGUACCAGCAGCAACGACAGCAACAACAACAGCAGCAACAGCACAGCUGGCAGCAACACCAGCAGCAACACCAGCAGCAGCAGAAGCAACACCAGCAGCAGCAGCAACACCAGCAGCAACACCAGCAGCAGCAGCAGCAACAGCAGCAGCAACACCAGCAGCAGCAGCAGCAGCAGCAACAGCAGCAGCGGCACCAGCAUCACGAGCAGGCUGGACAGCAUCACAACAUCCAGUCGUCUGCUUCACAGAUGUUUGCAAGGAGUCCAUUGUCGACGGAUGUUGGCACACGAUUUUCAGACUUCAGCCAAUCCUCUCCUAGCCGCCAGAGUCAUGGUGAACUCCAGCAGCAGCCACCAGUGCUUGCCACUACAUUUCCACAUCAUCCAGGCAAAGAACAAACGUUGCCUUCAGCCACAGCAGACACUGUAACAGCAACAACAACAGUAUCAACGCGCAGAGCAGCCAAUAGCCAAUCAGCAAGAUCCGUAACAACACGAGCCAAUGUAGCAUCAACCCGGGCUGCAGUAGUAAGUGAUGACAAGCGUUUUCAGCCACCUCCUCGGAGACUUGCACCAGAAACACGGUCGACUGAGAAGACGGCUGUGUUGGUGAGAACAAGAUCAAGAGCGUCAUCAGCCAUGACCGCCUCUUCAUCGCUUUCGCCGAACAGUCGAGUAGAAAGUGUGAGGGGAACAUCAACUGCGAGGUCAAUGCCACAACAUCAGCAAUAUCCUACAUCUGCAGAGCGGCACACACAUUCCUUGACCACACAGUCACCUUUGAUACCAACAUCAUCAUCAACAUCAUCACCAGUAGCAGCAUCAGCACCAGCACCAACAUCAUCCUCAUCAUCACCAGGAGCAGCACCAGCACCAACAUCAUCUUCUUCACAAGCAGUGCCAUCGCUAUCAGCAUCAGCAGUAUCAUCUUCUGCACCAGCACCAGCACCAGCAGCAGCACCAGCAGCAACACCAGCAGCACCAGCCAUAGCGGAGGUCCUACCACCCAGCUACAAUUUUUCAUCUGAGUAUGGGUCCAAUGCAGUAGUGGAAGCUCUUCAACAAGGAUCAUUACAGCCCUACAUAAUACAACCUCCUCAGUACACUACCCUACAGGACCAAAGUGUACAGUGUAGUCUGCAGCAGCAUGGACAGCAGCAGCAUGGACAGCAGCAGCAUGGACAGCAGCCGCAGCAUGGACAGCAGCAGCAUGGACAGCAGCCGCAGCAUGGACAGCAGCAGCAUGGCCAGCAGCAGCAUGGACAGCAGCAGCAUGGACAGCAGCAGCAUGGACAGAAGCAGCAUGGACAGCAGCAGCAUGGACAGCAGCAGCAUGGACAGCAGCAGCAUGGACAGCAGCCGCAGCAUGGACAGCAGCAGCAUGGCCAGCAGCAGCAUGGACAGCAGCAGCAUGGACAGCAGCAGCAUGGACAGAAGCAGCAUGGACAGCAGCAGCAUGGACAGCAGCAGCAUGGACAGCAGCAGCAUGGACAGCAGCAGCAUGGACAGAAGCAGCAUGGACAGCAGCAGCAUGGACAGCAGCAGCAGCAUGGACAGCAGCAGCAUGGACAGAAGCAGCAUGGACAGCAGCAGCAUAGACAGAAGCAGCAUGGACAGCAGCAGCAUGGACAGCAGCAGCAGCAUGGACAGCAGCAGCAUGGACAGCAGCAGCAUGGACAGAAGCAGCAUGGACAGAAGCAGCAUGGACAGCAGCAGCAUGGACAGCAGCAGCAUGGACAGCAGCAGCAUGGACAGCAGCAGCAUGGACAGCAGCAGCAUGGACAGCAGCAGCAUGGACAGCAGCAGCAUGGACAGCAGCAGCAUGGACAGCAGCAGCAUAGACAGCAGCAGCAUGGACAGCAGCAGCAUGGACAGCAGCAGCAUGGACAGCAGCAGCAUAGACAGAAGCAGCAUGGACAGCAGCAGCAUAGACAGAAGCAGCAUGGACAGCAGCAGCAUGGACAGCAGCAGCAUGGACAGCAGCAGCAUGGACAGAAGCAGCAUGGACAGCAGCAGCAUAGACAGAAGCAGCAUGGACAGCAGCAGCAUGGACAGCAGCAGCAUGGACAGCAGCAGCAUGGACAGCAGCAGCAUGGACAGCAGAAGCAUGGACAGCAGGAGCAGCCUGGAGAGCAGCAGCAGCCUGGACAGCAGGAGCAUGGACAGCAAGAGCAUCAGGAAGUUGGAAUAGCAUCACAGAGUAAACCUGAAAAUCCGUUGCCAUCAAAAAACACAUCUCGAACACGUCGUCGUAUUCGCCUUGCUCCGACGUUUCAAAACAAACCAGUUGAAUCCACAUCAUCGUCAUCCUCAUUGGCAUCUUCGCAAAAUACUGGUUUUCUCUCAUCAUUCAGUCAAGCAGGUGGGUUUUAGUAUCUUUUGUUUACUGUGUCCACGUCCACGUGUGUGUAAAAAUGAGAGAGAGAGAGAGUUUGUGUAUUUGAGUGUGAGAGAGAGAGUUUGUGUAUUUGAGUAAGUGUGUGUGUGUGUGCGUGUGUGU